AUGUACAAAAAUAGCUGCCUUUCGCUGAUGGCUGUGUUGGAAGACAAGACAACUUAUCCAAAACCUGAAGAUUCGUCUUCGCGUGAUGAAUACACUUCCGUAACGGUUAAUUUGGAGGUACCAUCUGGACCCCAGUGCUAUUGGAAAUCCCUGCCCUUCCUAACGGCAUAUCAUUUCAUGUGCAAAAAGUGCAAUUCUAAUGAUGAGGAAGUGUUUUCUCGGAAACAAGCGAACUUUGCUGUAAUGUGUCAGACUGCACUGGCUAACCUGAUGUGGCGACAUGGAGGAAGACUUUACUUCUCUAAGGAGAACGAGCUGAUACCAUUUCUCGAGGAAUUUUGGGAAGAACUGACAACCCAACCCAGGAAGUCGAAUAACUCGUGGUAUCCCAAUAUACACAAAACCUUGACAAGUAGUGAUGCCUUCAAGACAGUCGAAAUUGGUGCCGAUCUCCUCGUUUGUCUAGCAAACACAGAUAUUGGCAAAAUGGGACCAAGCUACGAUCGCUUCCGUGCUCUCACAAGCCAACUUCGUACGAAUAUCACAAAACUGGGACUGCCUAGCGCCAAUACCACGAACCAGACCUCCAAUGAGUCCACAGACUUGAUCCCCUCUGAAUGCACUGGCGAGCAGGACGCUGCCGGUGAUACUGUUGGAUGGAGGAAGCGCAAAUCCCCUGGAAGCGGAGUCUCCACUACCGGAUCAACUGGAAUCAAUAGUUCGUUGGCUGCACAUGGAUCAACUAAUGGUGCCUCGUCCGGUAUUGGGGCUCAUCACACAGCAGGUGGCCUGGUUGGUUCUAAUGGUGCUGUAGGACCAGAUACAGCUGAAUUUCCCGCAAGACCAGCUCCUGGCAGAUUGUCUGGGACAGGUACCUCCGCUCCCAAUGGGUCGGUGGGUGGAAGUCUGGUUCGGUCCACCCGCCGUGCCGGAGCAGCGGGAUUGUGUGGAGCUGCGGCUGUCAGCGGCGGUCCCGCCUCCGCACCAGACGAAGGAAGGACAAAGCUAAACGCUCUUGGGUUCCCUGUGGACCAUCCCUUUAACAAAGAAGGAUACAGGUAUAUCUUGGUGGAGCAAGAUAGACACGCACCCGGUCGCGACUUGUGGGACGAUUGUGAACAAACAGCUGGCAAACCGAUUCCUGGUAUCUUUUACCGGGUAUUUCUCAGUCCUCAAGUGGUCCUUUCUGUCAAUGACCGAGCGAAUCAUCUGAAACUGCACGAAUCUCAACUGAUGAUCACUGGGGAGAAGGGAUAUUGCAUGGCCCGUGCUACGCAUGGCGUCCACACGGGCACAUGGUAUUAUGAGGCAAUGAUAACCGAUCAGCCGGAGUGUUCAGCGACUCGUAUUGGUUGGUCCCAACUGCUGGGUGAGUGCGCAUCUCUCUACUCAUCUUAA